GUUUAGUUAAAAUCAACAUAAUAUAUUCUAGACAAUAUAAUCAAGAGAGUAUCUAUAACUUAAAUAACAGUAGGCCAAGACUUUGUACAAUUUAGACGAGAGCUCAGGUGGAAAAAACCUGUAAGUAUUGAUUGUUUUAUUUAGUUCAUGUGGGUAAUACAUGUUCGUUUACACAUUAAUCAUUAUAAUAUCUUAGAUUAUUAUCAUUCCUAGUUAAAUAACACACGCAAAUACACAGACACAUAUAUGAUCAAGUAUGAAUACUGAUUUUUAAAGAACUUCCAUAUCGUUUAAUUUCAAUUCUUGAGAUUUCAGUUCUGCACAUUGAGAUAAACACAACUUACCAGAUCUUACAAAUUAGGUAAGACCUACAUAUAGAUAUAUUGCUACUUUAUGGAGCGACGUUGGAGCGGCAGGUCUUGUCGCAUUAUUCGACUCUGGAGAAAAAGCAAGUCAGAUGUCGCAGGGGCAGAUUUAGACCGUUGCAACUGUAGCAUAUGCUACGGUCAGAUUUUCCAUUGGCCAGUUCUAACAUAUAAAAUCAAUUUAAAAUAUAAUUUAGCAAUAUUUUGUUUACUUUCCUUGUUUAUAUUUCAAGGUUUUAUUUUGAUGACAUUAAUACGUAACGACUCAGGGGCGUAGGAACACAUUCGAGAUUGGGGGGGGGGCGAGUUCCUCGAGGCGCCACCAUGGUUGGCGCCUAGCGGAAAAUUUUUUGAAAAUUAGAGGCUCUAGAUCCUUGGAAAUGGCCAUUUCAGAGCCCUAUUUAUCCAUUUCAGUUUCGAAUUUCACUGCAUUUAUUGUAAAUUGAGUAAAUUCAAUGAUUUUUGGGGGGGGCCGAAAGCUAUCUCGGCGCCCCCCCAUAAAUUUUGGGGGGGUUCCCCUCGGCCACCCGCUUCCUACGCCCCUGUAACGACUAACGUUAAUUGUUUUAAGAAUUCCCGCCCGAAAAUACGUUUGUAAUUGCCCGUUUGCGGGUCAUUACACAAUGGACUAUAGCUUAUAAAAUAGCAUCCUUCAGAAAUACACCGUAGCGUGUUGCCCAUAUAUGAUCAAUUUUCGCUACGGUCAGAUAAGGUCGAAUCUGACGGUCAAACGUAGCAAACCAAUCAGAAUGGAGCAAAUGCUAUAGUUUGCUACGGUGGCAUGAAAUUGGCUACUGCUCCAGAACGAUGGAAUAUCUGAUAUUUGUGUUUGGCUCAUCAACAACUUGCUAUUGGGAACCCACAGUGUCAGUACGGUUAUGCGCAUUUCGAAAUGAAAGCCGCCGUAAAGCUAAAGAAUAUAUAUGAUCGAGGUAGGAAUAAAAUCAGAUAAUAAAACGAAUCAUUUCCAGUCAGGUAAGCCUUAUGAAUAAUAAGGAUACACAUUAAUAUUUUAAUUUGAGUUUUUACCGUAUAGUGUUCGCUACUAACUUCGCUUUAAGUGUUUGUGCGCGUAUGUACAGUAUACCUGCAUGUAUUGGAAUUAUACGCGAAUUAUGAUACGCGCGUAUAUAUUAUAUCGUGUUUUAUAGCGCCCUAAUAUUUGUUUGUAAUGCGUAUUCGUAUGAUACGCGUUUUCGUAUGACACGCACGUUCAUAUGAUACGCGUAUUCGUAUGAUACACGCGUUCGUAGAUGAUACGCGUAUUUCGGUAUUCAAUUGAUAAUGAUAUGCGUAUGAUACGAGUAUCAUGCCGGUAUCGUAUGUUAAGAUAUACGCGAGCGAUACUUUACUUUUUGAAAUCUUUCUUACUUUUGUUUGAGAAAUGAAUACAAUGAGGACAAAUUUAAUGGUCACAUGCAGUGCUCAGAACGCAGGAAAUGGCAUUUCCGGGCUUCAAAUUUCAAAAAUGUUCCAGGGGGCAUGCCCCCGGACCCCCCUAUCUAUGCGAGCUCUUUGAAAAUGCUACGGUCAGAAUUUUGGCUGGAUCCACCCCUGUGUCGCUCCUCUCAUGCGCCCGAACCUAACUUCAUUUUAUAACAUUUUUGACUGUGAGUUAAUCGUAGUAUGAUUAGUAUCUCUGAUGUUAAUCAAUAGACCUUUCUUAUAAUGACGUCAAAGGCAUGGAAAAACACUUAAUGUCCCAAGGGAUAAUUUUUAGCCGCAAUUCGCAAUGCAAAUGAUGUUUGUCUGAAAUUUAUUGGCUCACCAACCACCUGUGUCACCAAUUCUCAAAUCCGUAUGAGGCCGGAUGAUCAUCCCCGCCAUGUAACUUAAAUAAUGUCCUUGACCCACACCUUAGGAUAAGGUUGGGGUAGGGUUGAGGAGGGAUGUGGGUCAGGUUCGUUCGAAUUCUAGAAUUUUAAAUUAUUACUCUCCCAAAUUUACAGUGAGCUGUUGACAGUAAUGAUUAAAAGCAUACAAAUUUUAUAAAUUGUAUCGUCGUUGAGCACCAUUUUAACAACAGCUUUUUGCAAUUUGGAAUGGUAUUAAAGGUGAGGCAUAUUCCAUGACCAUAGAACAUGCAUUCUAAGCCUGAAGUGGUUGUUCUAUUUUGGGUGCUGAAUUGACUAAUUUCAGUCUGGUGGUUUUUAACCCACUGGUUCACUGUAAAACCAGUUUGGUUAAAAUAACCAACUUGAAUUGGUUGUCUCAGAUGCAUCUUCUUUUCACCAAUAUUGUUCGGUCAAAACAACCAAAAUAUUUUCACUGUGUAACGCUAACAGUAUCCUACCAUCAUGGUAACAUUAUGGCAACAGAAUCUUAGAGUCUUCACAUGACCUAAUUUCCUUUAUUUCUAGACUUUCCUAUGAUGAUCGUGGAGGUUGCAACAACGUUGUGUCUUGUUUGGUUUGUCUGGUAUUUUGUGACAACGUACUUUGAAAGAAGAUCAAUGCCACCGGGACCGUUUCCCUACCCUUUAGUUGGAAAUCUGCGAGAUGUAAAUUUCAAUUCCAGUAAACCAUUUAGAAAACUCAGAGAAACAUAUGGCAACAUAUUCACUGUUACUUUAGGGAGAAAAUGUGUUGUUGUGAAUACUGCCUCGCUUGCUCGAGAAGCUAGAUUUGGCCGAAAUAAAGAUUAUGCGGUUGGUGUGUCAGUCGAAAGCAUUUAUCCAUUUAAUAUUAUAUUAGGCCCAAAUGAUGUCGUAUUCGCGGAUUAUGGAACACCAUACUUAUUUCGUAGGAGAGUAUUUAAGUCAGCAAUGCAUGUUUUUGGAGCAGGUAUCAAUGAAGCAGAAGAGAGAGGAGGACACGCAGUAAAAUCUAUGUUGGAGAAGAUUGAUUCUUUGAAAGGUCAGCCGUUUUCUCCGAAGGAACUAAUCGUGUCAGCAAUACUGAUUCAACUGCGGCAAUGGCUUACAUCCCAGAACCUAUCAUUCGAGCACUCGAAUAUAAGGCUCCUUCUUGAAUUUGGUGAAAUAACCGCAAAACAAAACUUGGAAGGUACUUACUUACACAAGUUGCCAUUCCAUUCCUAUCUUCCAACUGAAUUCAAUCGAAGCAUAAAGCGAGCUACAGAUAUAAAAUCCUCCAUAAUUCACCCGGUUUUCCAAUCCCACCUAGAGACUCACACCCCAGGCGUUAUUCGUGACAUGACUGACAGUUUUAUCAGUGCUUAUAAGAAAGAUAUGGCAAAAGAGACGAGCAAAGAUAUUGGAUCUAUUGACGAUAUUCGAGAUUUGAUGGUUGACGUUAUUUUUGCUAGUUCAGAUACAACUUCUUCUUCACUGGCUUGGUUUAUAUUGUACAUGGUCUCAUAUCCUGAGGUUCAGAAGAAAAUCCACCACGAACUUGAUCAAGUCAUAGAUAAAGACGACUUACCUCGCUGGCAAGAUGUCAGGAAUAUGCCCUACCUGCAGGCCACGAUAUGUGAAGUUAUGCGUAGGUCUAGUCCAGUGCCAUCCACUGGUUCAAACACAACACGUGCUAUAACCUUAGCUGGGUACCAUGUUCCUAAAGGAACGUGGAUACUCCUCGAUUUAACCCAAAUUCAUCACGAUGAGCAGGAGUGGCCGCAGCCUGAGGAAUUUAAACCUGAGCGCUUCCUUGACGUUGAAGGGAAGUUUGUUGGUUGGACCAAACUUGAUGCUUUCCUGCCAUUCGGACUUGGUCGUAGAGAAUGCGCUGGUAUUGCGUUCGCAAAAAUUAUGUUGUUUACUUUUGCGGCGACGUUAUUACAUCGUCUUAGGUUUGAAUUACCAGAAGGAGCCGAAAAGCCGAAUGAAGAGCCGUCUAGUAUUGCACUUGUGUCUUCUCCAGGAGAUUUCAAGGUCAUAGCGAGAAAUCGACGUUAAAAACACAUCUGGACUUUCGAUUCAAGGAUCAUAAAAUAUAAUAUGCAAUGUAGCAAACUAUAUAAUAUUGUAUUUACUGUGGUAGAUAACUUAACUAAUUUCAUAUGAACUAUACUAGGAUAUAAUUAUGUAGGAACUAAGUUCACUUGUAGUUUAAAGGUUGAUUGGUUGUAUUAUAGAGUGGAUAGUUUAAAUUUGUGUACUGAUUUGUGCAUUGAAGGACUUGGCCAGAUAUCGUACGGGGAGAGAUUAUCAAAGUUCGGCUUAACAACCUUACUGGAGCCUCGUUCUCAGGGUGAUUUAAAUGAAACUUUUAAAAUUGUCAAUGGUUUGGUCAAUUAUGAUCAAAACAUGCAUGUUCUGUAAGUCAAGAUCACGUGCCAUAUAUAGC